GCAUUCUUGCGAAUUAAGUGGGGCAGCCAAGGCCCGGGCUUUCCUAGAGGAGCCCUGCUCCCCGACUAUCAACUCCCAGCCACCACUACCUCUCCUUCCACCAGGCCCACCCACCAUCCCACAACCAGCAACGUUUGGCAUCUACCACGCCACCGGCUCCCGCCACCUCGGGAGGCCCCACUCUGACCCCCCUCCCACAACUCCCCAAGCCAACGCAGGUCGACGACGGAGGGGGAGAGCCAGAGGCGAGGAGGGCUUAAGUUCCACACCCCCACCUCCCAACCUGCUCCAGGCGACCCUCACAUGGGCUCAUCACCCAUCCUUCCCACCCCUCAUGAACCCUCGCCUUUGCAGGCACACGGUGGAGGUUCCUCCGGCGCAAUCCUUCCCCACCAACAUCUGGUUGCCGCUCAAGAUGACGCCCUCCCCACUAGGAUGGAGGUAG